GCCCUGCCCAUGUCCGUGCCCACGCUCAGACUCCGCCCACAGACAACUACGUCGCUCCUGAGGGGAACUUCCGAGUUUGUUUGGACUUGGGAACAGAAGUCGUCGCCGCUGUCUGCUUCACUGCGCUGAGCAAGAACCAGUCGUGACGUUUAACCGAGCCCGAAAAUGACGCUCCCGUCAGAGCACAGCACCACCACCACACUCCGGACCGUCAGCGUCGCUUCGGAACCGGGCGCCGCGACGCUGUUCUCCCCGGGCCAGCUGGGCAUCGGCGGCGGCGCGACUCUGCGCACGGUCGGCGUCGCGCCGGCGCAGUUCUCCUCCGUGCAGUACGUCAACGGCGCCGUGGACGGAACCGCGCUCCAGGGGAACGUGCGCUACCUCGUGCAGGUGCCCGUGCAGCGCGCCUCCGACUCCUACGUCGUGGUCAAUCAGGCGCCGCAGAUGUUAACGCCGGUUUACCUGCAGAACCUCCAGAGCGUGCAGCGGGUCAGCCUCAGCAGCCUGGACGAAACCGACAGCAUCCAGCAAACCAGCAUCAAUGGCCAAGCUUCAUCGGUGUUCAGUCAUCCACCGAGCCCCAUCAAGAGCCCUGAGCCUCCCGAGGUGGUGGAGAGCAGCAGAAGCAGCAGCGUGCAGGACAUCAUCAGUAUCGAUGUGAAGAAUCACCUGAAGAGCGAAGUGAAGACGGAUUUCGAGUUCGAACCGGUGGCCAAACUCGACACGCGCUUCUUUGGCGAGCUCCUUGCUGAGGUCUAUCGCAAAAACUGCGACAUCCACACCUGCAUCUCUGAACAUGUGGCCAAGAUCCGUGGACGAAAACACUUACAGGACCUCGAUUAUAAGGCGGAGAAAGAAGACAUCGAACACCUCAUUCCUAAAGGAGUGUCUGAACUGACGAAGCAGCAGAUCCGCUACCUCCUGCAGACGCGCAUGACGGCUGACAAGAGCAUGCGUAUGCUUCUGAGCACCUUCAGCAGCCUGAGAGAAGAGCUGGUGCACCUGCAGGAUGAUCUGAGGCGCCUGGAGAGUGAGAAAGAGCAGCUGGAGAGAGACCUGAGCUUUAAGGCUGAUCAGGCGCAGCAGUAUGACAGACUGAUGGAAUCUGUACGUGAGAACAACCGACAGCUACAGAUCUCUCUGAAAGAGAGCACCGCCACCCAGCGCAACCUGGAGACACAGCUCAUGAGCAGCCGCGGCACAGACUCCAGUAAGGAUUUCCGCAUCAAAGACCUGGAAGGAAGCAAACGGGCGCUGGAGCAGGAGAACGAGCUGCUGCGCAAGAAGCUUGAAGGCCAGUGCAGUAGCUCCACUCUGCAGACUAAGACACAGGAGCUGUCCAGACAUUACGAGCAGAUGCUGAAAGAGCUACGAGAGGAGAAGGACAGGGAGCUAUCGAGUAUGCGGUCUCAGGUGGUGAAGAUCCAGACAGAAUACACUACAGAGCGCUCCAGUGAUAAGAGCCUACAGCUGAAGAUCACAGAGCUACUGAACACACUGGAGCAGCGCGAAUCAACCAUCAGACGCCAGGAGGAGGAGAUCAGACAGCUGCAGCAGGAGAAGAAUAACAGUUCCGGCAGCAUCACUCAGACUGUCAUUACUAAGAAGUACCAGAACCAGUACCCGAUCCUGGGCCUGCUGAGUGAUGAUUAUCAGUACACAUCAUCACCUGUCAGGGAGUCCAAGACCAUCGUCAUCAAGAAGACAGGGGAGAUGACCAAAAAGGAAUUCACUACAACACCCUAAAGACAACGCUUCUCUCCGACAGGAACGACUUUCUCACCCGUCCCGUCUCUCUGUACAUCCCUCUCUCCACCCUUCCCACCCCAUUUCCCUGCAUGUGUUUUGUCUGUACUUCAGGGCUCUAGAGUAGUGGUGGUUCCAGCCGGAUGUGAGCUUCAUGUGCUGAUGCGUUUAAAUGCUGUAGCUUGCUUGUGACCGCUUCACGCUUUUCGAGCCACCUCAACUCUACCAGCCUCUGUUCAGAAACUACUGGAGUCAUCUAGUGGUGAUGUACGACGUAAGGAUGUAGCUUUCCUUCAUCAGUUACAGCCAAUUUCUGUUUACGAUGUAUUUUACACUUUCUGUAUUGGAGAACUUUGUAGAAUGGGGCGCAGCGUACAUACGUGUGAAUGCAGACUGGUGAUGGGAUUUUUCUUUUUUUUUUUGUGGCUGCAUGUGGCAAUGAGUUAACUAUUAGAAAUAAAAGAGACUAGAAUAUUUGGGUUGAGGAGACCAUUGGUGUAUUAAACAAUAACAGCAUAAGAGGGUUUUGUUGUUGUAGGUUUUUGCUUUUUUUAAACCCUAAAUCUCCCACUUACUUUUAACAUAAACCUAAUGUGGCAGCUAAUAUGCAUGUUUGACUAAUUCUCCGAUUCACGUCCAAACCCAGGACUUCACACUAUACUGUAGUUGUCUCCAAUCAAAAUAGACAGGUAGACAUUUAAAUGGUGUGAUGUUGGAAGUGUUGCUUGAAAGCGCUAAUUUUGAAGUACCAAAUACAUACACUGUAUCUACUAUUCACUUACUGGUCACUUUAAUAGGAACAUCUGCUAAUUCAGCGUUUCACUUAUCAUUAAGACAUCGCCUGCUCAAUUUCUAAUCCUGUCCAGUUUGGGUGAGUCUCUGUGCCCACUGUAGCGUCACGUUCCUGUUUAUCGCUGUCAGGAGCGGAAUCCGAUGAGGUCUUCGGCUCUUGAAGCGCGUCCACCUCAAUUUUCAAUGUGUUGACAUGCUUUUCUGCUCACCACGGUUGUAAAGAGUGGUUAUUUGAGUUACCGUAGCCUUCCUGUCAGCUUGAACCAGUCUGGCCGUUCUCCUCUGACCUCUCUCAUCAGCACGGAGUUUCUGUCCGCAGAACUGGUGCUCGCUGGAUGUUUUUCGUUUUUAUGUGUUGAGACAGUUAUGCAUGAAAAGCUCAGGAGAUCAGCCGUGUAUACAGGUUUUACAGGUGUUCCUGUUGAAGUUGCCGGUCAGUGUAGCAGUGCACUAGAUCUAGUGCAGUUAAAUGGCAGUCAUUCGAAAAGGACGACCCAAAUUAUGGACAUCACUAAUCUUCAGCUUCUUUUAGUUUACUAUCAGCGGCAUGUGAAGAAGAUUUUUUUCAAAGUACAACACAAAAUUUAAGAGGAAAAACUUCUAACAAGCGAUGCUGUUAUUACAGGGGUGUGAUCCCAUAAACUACUACUGCUGCAUUAAUGACUAAAUCUGCUGUAUACCGUGUUUCUUAUUUUUGUACAGUGUAACAUCAACCUUUGUUUCGAAAGCCCCCUUUCCUGUUUUAUUUCAGCCAUUCUCUUUUUAAUCAUCUGAACUAUGCAUACGUUUGAUUCUGCCUGGGAUUGUUACACUUCCCUCUGCUGCCUGCAAGGUGAACUGCAAUAGCAAUAAAAACGAUGACUCGCUUUCCCCUUGCCUGACCAUACUUCAUUUAUUGGAUUGCAUAUGUGUCAUGAUUUGCCUUUUAGGGAAAAGGGGCAGGGCUGAGUAGAACCUGGCAAAAUUAUAAACAGAAGCCACAUAAUCUUUUAUAAAUCAAUUGAAUGGCAAUAUUACAAAUCACAAAUACAAUGUUUGGUAUAUUUAUUAUAAUAUUAUAAUAAGUAUAAUAUUAAUUUGUGUACCCUCAUAUUAUAACUGUAUUAUACAGCUAUUAUUAUAGGGCUGGAAACACUUUAAAGAAUUACAGAACUGCUUUUAACAGGAGAAAAAAAAGGCCUCCAGGUGGCAUCAUUAGGGUUCAAAAGAUUUUUCAUUAUUCUGUUUUCACAAUCGACAUCGAAUCUCUUCUUAAAUGCUUCAGUUUCCUUUAACAGUUUGUAAUGCACAAUAUCUGCAUGUCGUCUUUGUGUAAAAGUGUUUGACUUUUGUUAUAGUGCGUCCUUAAAAUAAACACUAGUUGGGCCUGUGUAAA